GCGGGGCAGCGCAGCGUGCUCUGUGAUUGGCUAAUCGGGAGUCACGCGCCUGGGAAGGGAAGGAAGAGGAGCAGACUGAGUGGUGUGAGAGUGUGAGCUCCGGAAAAUGAGUGAGUCUUUAGUUGUGUGUGAGGUGGACGGAGACCUGGUGACGAAGCUGAGGAAGUUCCGCUUCAGGAAGGAGACCAGCAACGCUGCCAUCAUCAUGAAGAUUGAUAAAGAUCGACAGCUCGUGGUCUUGGAGGAUGAGUAUGAAGAGAUUUCUCCUGAUGAGCUGAAGGAUGAACUGCCUGAGAGACAGCCCAGAUUUGUCAUGUACAGUUAUAAAUACCAGCAUGAUGAUGGACGAGUGUCAUAUCCCCUCUGCUUCAUUUUCUCCAGCCCCGUCGGCUGUAAACCAGAGCAGCAGAUGAUGUACGCUGGAAGCAAAAACAAACUGGUGCAGACUGUGGAAGUGACCAAGGUGUUUGAGAUCAGGAACACAGAGGAUCUGACAGAGGAGUGGCUGAGGGAGAAGCUCGGCUUCUUCCGUUAAAAAAUUGUCCAGUCACGUUGCAGCAAUGAACACGGCGCUGUAUGUCACCUCCGAGAGGAAACCAUCGUCCAUUAAAACACUAACCUGUGUGUGUGUGUGUGUGUGUAUGUGUGUUUUUAAAGAAUGCUACAUAGAUAACUGAUACUGACCAGACUUCCACACAUCACAGAAACACUUAGUCAAUCUUUCAUUUUUAAAACCAUAAAAUCUUGUUCAUUUGUUUUUUUUAUUUUGGGUUUUUUUGGGAGGGGCAUAAACACCCUCGUCCACGUGCGUAGAGCGAUAAACAAACUCUGCCCUGGUGCAGGUGUGUUAAAAUCACAUUUCAUCAGUAAUCACUGCUGAAGAUGUUGGGCUGUGUCCCAAAUGCUCGUGUUUACUCACAUAGUGCUCAUUACACUUAAAGAGCCCUAACCUGUUCACUGGCAGUGUAUUAUGGGUAAUACAUACUCAGAAUACACACCGUGUGCACUGCAACAACAGAUAACCGUCAUCAAAGAGGAAUGUUUCCAUUUGGGACACAGCCACAAUGGCCAAAGUUAUAACACUAAUGCUUGUGUUUGGGACGGAGCCCCUGAUUGAUUUACACGCCACGUUAAAAAACUCUGUGGGUGCACCAUUUAACAACCCCAGUGACUGUCCUAAAGUUCUGUCAAUCAGAACACACGAUUCUGCACAUCUGUUUUAUCAUCAGUGUCUCAUAACUGACUUUGCAAAAAAAAUUAAUUUCAACCAAAACUGUUUCAGUUGAGAAAGUAAACCAGGAACAACCUCAACCCCUAAAUUAGGGACACUUAAUACAAGUGAACGUCUGAGAUGUUGGGGCAAAAUAUUUUUUAACAAUUCAACAGAAAUAAGGACGCUAAGAAGAAAACUGCAAGACACUUAAGAACUAGUGACACUAGAAAGAAGGAAAUUAGGGAACGUUUGAGAACUAGGGACAGUAAAUUAGAAAGUAGGGAGAAAGGAAUGUAGGGAACAUGUGAGACUGAGUGGAGAAGUGAAACUCCUGCAUGAUUUGUUGUCUGUCUUUGGACUAAAGUUCUCCUCAGUUCCCGAGAGCCCUAGAGUUCUUCCCUUCCUUUUAAUGCUCUUUAUUACAAAAGAGAACAGACUGACGCUGUUAUUAAGACGCGAGUGAAAUAAUAAAUCUGAAGGUGUGAUCACAUGACCAAUAUAAUUUCAUAUCGGAGUUUCAGAUUUACUCUUCAGCUCCACUCCAGCGUCACUCUGUGUGAUGUAAUCUGGUGGACGUUGCCAGUGCAUUGUGGGUAACAAAGACAGGCCCCAGGAACACUGGAACACAGCGAGUCCUGUGCUGUCGCGGUUGGGACGGAGCUGAGAUCAGAUGUACUGUGUUGGUGUAACGGAUCAAAUUUAUUCACUACAUUCCAGAUAAAUUGUGUGUGUUUGUUACAACAGACUGAAAUCAUCCUCUGCUCUCACACACUCUCUCUCUCUCGCGCACACUCUCACACACUUCUUUAUUGUCUGAUACAGUCAGUAAAACUUUCUCAUUAGAUAAUGAACCACAUGAUGUCAGUCUUAAAACCUGUGAAUGUGAUUAACUAAAAAAGAACAAUCUAUGUUUCUUACCUUUAAGAUAAAAUGAUCAGAAGUUGAGUUUUGGACUUUAAACGUUUGUGAUGUGUAGAAUAUUUCGGAUUUUUUUUUGGCCUGUGAAGUCUGUGUUGAAUAUUUGUACUUUUCCAUGGUUUCUACAAUGUCUUAUGUAUCCACUGUUCCCAAUAAAACUACAGCUCAUUACAAACUCGA